AUGUUUGCAGUGCCACCGGUCAUCAGACAAGUGUUCGCAAAGUACCCUCUAUCAACAUACGCAGCCAAUGCGCUUCCGACGCGCUCGCCAACACACAGAGAUCAACACACUCUAUACACAUGGACAACAGCAGAAGAAGCCAGCGCAAACAAAGCCUCGUUCAAUCCGACGUGUCUGAAGUGGCAGACAUAUCUCCUCUUCCAGGGUAUCCCAUUCCGCAGCCGACCUUCCAACAACCACGCCUCGCCCUCGGGCUCCCUACCCUUCCUCCUUCCAGCAAACUCAUCCACUCCAAUCGCAUCCAGCAAGCUUGAAUCGUGGUCUAGCACACACAGCGACAGUAAAAGCAAAGGCCGUUCCUCCGACACACAGUCCUCGCGCCAAGAUGUGUAUACUUCGCUACUCGAACACGCCGUGAGAAGAGCAUGGCUCUACCUCCUCUACCUCGACCCCGACAACUUCGAUCACGUCGCUACAAGACUCUACGUCACGCCUUCCUCCUCCAAUACUUUUGUUGCAAUGGCAAUUUCGUAUCAACUGCGCGAUGCCGCUACUCAAGAGCUUUUGAAGACGACACCCGCUGUAAAAGCACAGGAUCUCUUGGACGAGGCUGUUGAUGCAUUUGCUGCUCUGUCGACUCUGCUGGGAGAAGACACUUGGUACUUUGGAAACAAAACACCGACACUGUUUGAUGCGAGUGUGUUUGCUUAUACCCAUCUGUUGCUGGAUGAGACUAUGGGCUGGAAACAUAAUCCUUUGGCUCACAAGUUGGCUACUUUCCACAAUCUGAUCGACCAUCGCAAUCGCAUCUUGAGGGAUUAUUACCGCUCUUGA